AUGUCGCCACCAGCCAAGACGCCGCUGUCCACCAUGGCCAAGCUGUUUCGGAAGAAGGGCUCGGUGGCGGUAACUCUGGACUCAACCCACUUCGACAAGUGCAGCACCUUGCAGGAGGAGGAGAAAAGCAUUUUGAGCCGCUUUUGGAUCUUGCUGGUGGUCACAGCGAUCCUUUCGAGUUCUUUGUCAUUCUUGAUCGAUCGAUUUACCUUUGCCAUGGGCUUGUUGCGCUCAAGCCUCAUCGGCGACGAUUUUCUCACUGUCUUGGGCUUUGACGUCUUUGCGGCCUGCUUGGCACGGGUGAUCGUGCGGCCGACCAUUGAAGCAGAAGGCUCCGGGUUCCCAGAGAUGAAGGCGAUGCUUUUCGGCAAGGUGCUCUUUAACUUUUUGACCUUGCGGGUCCUGAUCUCCAAAGCCUUGGCGCUGGCUCUGGGGGUUGGCGCCGGCUUACCUCUUGGUAAGGAAGGUCCGAACGUGCACUUGGCCGCCUGCAUUGCCCGGGUGGUGGAUCCCAAGUUCUUUGCAAAACGUGUGGAAAGCAGUCACGGCGCCCACGGUGCGGGUGGCUCGGGCGUCGGGUCGGCCGUCUCCAAACUCUUGCUGGCAGCGACCUCCGUGGGAGUGGCGGCCUCCUUCUCCGCACCCAUCGGCGGCGUGAUUUUCUCCUUGGAGCUGAUGCUGCCGCAGACUUACGACGCCUUCGCGUACUGGGGAUGUUUCACUGCCAGCGUGGUGGGCUCGAUUUGCUAUGCAGUGGAGCGAAGCGUCACCACUGGUGCCUCCGGACUGUUGCCUCUGAUCAGUUCCAAUGUUCUGCCUGGGGAGGGCAUCGACACAGACUUCCCUAUUCUCCGGUUGCUCAUCGACAUCGCCUUGGGCAUCGUUUGCGGCUUGGCUGGCGGCUUCUGGGUGAAAUGCCACGGUUACACCGCAGGGCGCCUGAAGCGCUGGCGACUGCGGGAGAGCGAACCCGAGGUCGCCUUCGCCGACAACCAGGAGCCGCUGCUGUCCGGCGAGCGUCCGCGACGGAACCGCUGCUGUGCGGGGCUGAAGCGAUGUUUGCUGUGGCCUUUAGGCGGCAAGUGGCGAGACCUCUUCCUAGUCGCCUCGGUGACGGCCUUCAACACCUAUUUGGCGUCCUUACUGCCGUUGCUGGGGGGCAAGCCACAACCCUUGUUGAUUUCCAACAUCUUUGACAAGACCCUGACUUCUCACGAUGAGUGGCUUCUACCAGUGGGUGUUGCUGGUACCAUGUUCCUUUGUUUUCUGAUGAAAUGGGUCACAACAAUCCUAGCGCUCUCCUCAGCCAUUCCUGCCGGAGUGGUGGCACCCACCAUGAUCAUCGGUGGGCUGCUGGGGCGCGUCUGGGGACAUGUGAUCCUACCAGCGUGGCUGGUGGAUAUGCUGCUGAGUAAGAACGGCAUGCCCCCCACGGAGGCGGACCGCGGCGCCUUUAUGGCCCGCUGUGCCAUCGUGGGUGCCUCCGCCUUCUGCGCCGCGGUGUGUCGGGCCUUCGCCAUGGCCAUCACCGUCUUUGAGGUCUUGGCGUUACCCAACUCGGUGCUACCGCUGACCACCUCGGCCUUGGCCUCGAUCUUCGUGGCGAAUCGCGUCUCGUUGCCCUUCUUUGAUGCCAACCUGGCCACCAGGAACCUGGGUGGCAUCCCUGCGAUCACCUUCUCCGACUCGGCGAUCGAGCCGGUGAUGAAGGUCAUGAAAGUGGCAGAUCUCAGUUUAUGUUUGCCAAGGCAGAUCACCUUGCGACAACUUCUACACAUGGCCACCGGUACUGCCUUGGAACAGGACUUCUUUCCGAUUAUCAGCCCGCUGAACUGGGAUCUGAGUUGUCAUGGCCUAUUGGAAGGUUCAAUGACUCGCAGCAAUGCUCAAAAGCUCCUGAAGCAGUUGGACCCGCAGGGCGAGACACCCGACCUGGAGAUCGAUUUGAUGGAUCCCAAAUUUCAGGUGCCACCAGAUGGGAGCGAACCCUUGGUGGAAGGAAAUCCAGUACGUGUAGCACCGGAUUGCACGGUGAAGGAUGUAUAUCUCUUGAUGAAAGUCGCAGAGAGCGAUGGUGUGGUUUACGUGACAGACAAAGGAAUUCUGCAAGGAAGCGUAACCAUCAGCGAUUUGAUGUCUCGCCCCUGCGUGUUAUAG